AUGGAUAGCAUGCGGGGCUAUACGCUAGCCAUCCUUCCGCGAAACGCUGGUUAUUGGCGCCUGAGUAUAUCUCCUCUGAGGCAUAUCAGAGUGGUUCCCAACGUUAGCAAUAUGGAAAUGGAAAUCCAGAUUGCAUCCUACGACCUCCCUAUUGGACGAAGGUACAGCAAAGCUACCCAGGAGGUUUCUUAA